GCCUCCUCCUCCUCCUCCUCCGCCUCCCGCACUCAAGCAGCCGCCGCCGGCCGGACGGGCACCGCUCCCGCCGCCUCCGCUCCGUCAGCUCUGUCCGCGCCGCGCGCCCUUGCCCGGUAUGUCGGCGGCUGUGGCGUGCGUGGAUUACUUCGCCGCCAACGUGCUCAUGGCCAUCUCCUCGGGCGCCGUGGUGCACCGCGGGCGGCCGGGCCCCGAGGGCGCGGGCCCUGCCGCCGGCCUGGAAAUGCGCGCGCCGCGCCGCGAGGCCUCCCCGCCUGGGCCACCGGGGCCGCCUCCGCCACCUCCUGGGGUCGCCCCCGGCGCCGCCGCCGCACCCCACCUGCUGGCUGCCAGCAUCCUGGCCGACCUGCGCGGCGGGCCCGCCGCUGCCCCGGGGGGCGCCUCACCCGCCUCCUCCUCAUCGGCCGCUUCGUCCCCGUCCUCCGGCCGCGCCUCCGGCGCCGCGCCCGCCGCCGCCAAGAGCCAUCGCUGUCCCUUCCCGGGCUGCGCCAAAGCGUACUACAAGUCCUCGCACCUCAAAUCGCACCUGCGAACGCACACAGGUGAGCGCCCCUUUGCCUGCGACUGGCCAGGCUGCGACAAGAAGUUUGCGCGCUCCGACGAGUUGGCCCGCCACCACCGGACGCACACGGGGGAGAAGCGCUUUCCCUGCCCGCUCUGCUCCAAGCGCUUUACCCGCAGCGACCACCUGACCAAGCACGCACGCCGCCACCCCGGCUUCCGUCCGGAACUGCUGCGGCGCCCCGGAGCUCGCAGCACCUCGCCCAGCGACUCGCUGCCCUGCAGCCUGGCUGGCAGCCCAGCGCCCAGCCCCGCGCCCAGCCCGGCCCCCGCUGGCCUGUAGGGCCCAGUCCAGCCCCGCUCGGAGCACCAGCAACAGGCCUGCUGUCCAGGCCCCAGGGCGGGCACAGACUAACGGCAGCCUGGCCCCUUCCAGCAUUCCUCUGAGGGCCCUAAGAUGCCCCUGCCCCCUCAAGAAAGCAAGGAGGGGGUCUGAGACUGGACUGGGGUCACCUGGAGGUGGCCCUUGGGAGGGGUGGCUGGGGCCCGUGUCUGUAAAUAGCCAUGACUGGUAACUCUUCCCAUCUGUUAAAUUGGGACUCCAGGUGGGUCACCUGCAGGUGUUCUCCCCCAUUCGCCACUUCCUUGCUCUGGGGGUAUGUGUGGGCCUUGGUAGGGGGCAGCCCGGGAAAGGCACCCCCUCCCCAGUGCUUGAACUCGGCCUCCAGGCCUCCCUCUCUAGGUUGGGAUGAAGUGUACAAAGAGCCAUAGAGGAACCAGGGGUGCCUGAGGGCCCACCUGUCCCCAUUCUCAUCUGCCCUGGCCCCUUACCCCACCGAAAGCCAUUGGAGAUGUUCAGGGAAACGGGGUGUGGCCCAGCCGCCCCCAUUCGGGUACUGAUCUCAGGUGUCCGUGGGUUCUGCCCAACUGCCCGCCCACGGAGGGACUCCUAGGCCCCACAGUCGUCGGGGCAGGAGGGGAGUGGGAGGGUUUCCGUAAGUUCUGGGUUUUCGCUUCUGAGAUGGGGGAGGGAGGGAGAGGAACUAGGGUUCUUCCAAAGGGCGUUUGAUUCACUUUGGGGGCGGUGCGAUGUUGGGAUGGAAUGAAUGCUGGCUUAUUUAUUUUCCUGUCUCUGCUGGCUGGGGGACCGCGCUGCCCCCUGGGGGGGGUGUGUGAGUGAGAAAGAUGGUGCAGGGAGGCUGGCGCCAGACCUACUCCUGCAGGGGUAGGGUCCCUGACUCUCCGCAGCAUCACGUGACAAUCAUUGCCUUCCCUUAGGGACCAGACAGCCACUGGGCGAAAUACACCUCUCUGCAGCCUGCAGGGGGAGGUGGGAGCCCUGGCUCCAUCCUGCCCCUGGCUCUGCAUGGGCUCUGCAUGCCCCCCUGGGCGGUCGGACUGGCGAUUGACGCGCUGCACACGCAGACCAGAGGCAGGAGGAUUGGCUCCGACCUCUGGGAAAUAGCUCGUUUUUUUUGGAGCGGGUAGAAUAUUUUUUCAGGCGCCAAUCCGUUUCUUGAUACGGGCCUAUAGGUGGUCCGUUGUCCUCAGGGGGUGUGGGAUGUGGGUCCACAUGAUCCGAAUUUAGGGUGGGGAGUGAGUGCCGUGCCCUCUCCUGGUGGAGGGUGGAGUCCGUUGGAUUUCAGUUUGGACAGAAACUGAGGACCCCUGCCCUGAAGUGGGAGGGGACCCAGGACCCGUGCCCCUAGACCCUAAAGGAACUAUUCCACCACCAUUGGUUGCAGGUUUGUGGCAUCCCCGUGUGUUCCAGAGCCUCCUGAUUGGGGGCUGGGUGGCUCGGGUGGUGGUGUAGUGGACUCAGACCCCAACCCAGCCUGGCAGGAUCCAGGGACAGGUGCCUGGGGUCCUGAGCAGGGGGUGGGGAGGGUCUUUGGGUCCCGUCCCUGGGCCGGUCUUUGCAGGCCGGGUCCAUCUGCCGUCAAUCCUUCCUCUCAGAGGUGGUGAGGUGCCUUGUCUGUGGGGGUAGAAGGGGGCGGGCCCGUUCAUCUGUGUCGGUGUGGACAUCCCCUUGGUCGUCACAGGCCUGGCGGGUGCCUGUCGAUAGGAGGUGGUGUGCUGGGCCCAGGGCUCAGGCGGCUGAGAACCCUGUCUGGCUCCUCUCCAGGGGCCUGGAGAGACCUGCACCAUUAUGCCCCAAGGGGCCGGUGGUUAAUUGGGACUUGGUUCCAGCCACUUAGCUGUCACCGUUUAAGGGUAGGGCCCCUAGGGACUCGUGCUUUGGGGAGGUGCCCUCCCCCCUGCCUUGCCUGGCCUCAUCCCUGUAUUUAAUUAAACAAGCCCUUUUUUAACCCCCAUUCAGUGCCCGUAUGGUUUUUCCCAUCGCCGGCCCCCAGCGGGUGGGUCCUCUGAGCCCUUCUGUCCUGCUUACCAAUAUGGCUCCAAGGUCAUCAACCUGGGAAAACAGGCAGUGAGCUAGUGAAUGCACGGACUUGGUGGGGUUCUUGGCAAGUCCACAGUGGCUGGGACCCAAAAUAAAGGCCCCUGCAGCCGGGCCCCGCUGCCGCCAGUGUCACCUACGCCUCACGCAGCUGCGCCCCCCGCCCACCUCGCUCCGUUACCCGGCAACCGAGGCUGAGGCGCAGUGACUUGACGCC